UUGGAGCCACCCUAUAAAUAAUUGGACUGUCAAGUGUCAGCCCCCAAAGAAAAUAUCUUUUUAUAAUCAUAUAGAAAACCAGUUCAAGAAAAAUGGCUUCUGCUUUGCUUCCUCUUCUAGUUCUAGCCAUUUGCCACGGCUACUUAUCCAUUGAGGCAGCAGCACAGGCACCAACACCACCAUUACCAAGUGCAGCUAGAGAUUUCCUAUCUGCACACAACCAAGCAAGAGCAGCAGUGGGUGUUAGCCCUUUAAAAUGGAGUGAAAUGCUAGCCAAUGCAACAAGCAGACUAGUCAGGUACCAAAGAAACAAAAUGGGCUGCCAAUUUGCUAACCUGACGAACAGCAAGUACGGUGGAAACCAAUUAUGGGCUAGUGGCAUGGCUGUUACUCCACUUAUGGCUGUUGAUAAUUGGGUUCAAGAAAAGGCUUACUACAACCGUACUGACAAUUCUUGUGAGCCAAAUCAUCAGUGUGGUGUUUAUACUCAGGUUGUGUGGAAAAAGUCAUUGGAAUUGGGGUGUGCUCAAGCUUCUUGUGUUAAAGAACAAGCUAGUUUAACUGUUUGUUUCUAUAAUCCUCCUGGUAAUAUUAUAGGAGAGAGCCCUUAUUAGAGAAGUUGCCAGUCAUUGGUGUUGUUUGUAAAAUGGUUUCCAGGAUUGAAUCUUGAUGUAAUUUGAAAAAUCUUGGCUAGUGACUAGUGAUUGUGUAGAUGAGCCCAGCACUUUAAUCUUUAGUUCUACUAAUUUUGUUGUUAAUUAUAAUUUCUCUACUUUGAAGCUUUCUUUUA